AUGGGCAUAGAUACUGGUGUGGGCCAAGUUCCUUAUGACCUGGUCUCGCGUAGCCAGACCCGCCAUCCCAUUCCGGAGGCAUUAAGGGUGGGUCUGGCUACGCAGGAGCUAGAGUGGAGUAUACCAGAGCAGACCUUGUGCUUUUUGCUUUUGUUGAAUGGUCAGACCAUAGAUAUCUAUGUUAAUUGUGAAGGCGACCGGCUAUGGGAUGUUAGGGUGGACCCAAUGCUACAGGUAUAUGAUGGGGAACGUUGGAAGCAUAUUUGUUUUUAUGGUGAAAGGAUGGCUACAGCUCAUGUUGCAUGUCGACAACAAGGAUACACUAAUGCUACUAGUUUAAUUCAGUUUCUAAUGAGGUCUGAUCAAAUAGUUACUUGCCCAACAGUUUCAAAUUACUUUUUGUAUGGUGAAACCAACAUUAUGCAUUGUAACAUGACUUAUUUUGGGAAUCCAUUCUAUUUUGAAACAAAUUUUUUGCUGUGUUAUACCUAUAUAAUUGUAGAUAAUGAUACAAUAAAAGAGACUAAUCCUUACAAUGGUCAAAUACAUCUUCAUAAGCAGACAGAAACUGAUUCACCAGCUGAUGGUGUAGUUGAAGUUUAUCUUGAUAAACACUGGUAUCGUGUGUGUAGCAAUAACUUCACUAAAACAGUAGCUGAUUCAAUAUGUAGACAGUAUGGAUACACAGGACAUGAAUCUUGGACUACAGUAGAACUUGUUUAUUUAGUCGACAGUGUUAUAGUCACAGAAUACAUAUGUACUCAACAAACUGGUUCUUUUCAAUGUUUUUCUCAUUGUAUAUCAAGCAAUUAUAGUAUUGGUAGCUGUCAAAGUCAUGUGGCAGUAACAUGCAGCUUUGAUAUCUAUGCAAAGUAUUUAACAAGUGGGUCUCGAAGUCAAUGUGCUUUGGAUGAGGACAGUCAUGGUGCUUUGGAUAAUUGUAGUCAUUGCGCUGGGGAUGAGUCAGAGUGCAGUCAUUUUGAAAGCUUACUUCAAACUUACAGAACUAUUACAGGAGCUCUCGUUCCUCUGUUUUUAUUCAGUGUCCUCGUAUUAUUGAUUAUAGCCUUUUGGUUCUGUUGUAAAAAGAAAUGCUGUCAUUGCUACAAAAAAUAUGAUGAUCUUGAUUAUGUUAAAUACAAAGUAGAUCAUGGUCUUAGAAAUGCAUAAUCAAUGAGGUGUGAAUUCUUAACUUAUAGAUCUAGCUAUAUUCACAGACCACAAUAUAUUUUUCAGAUUAUUAUUAUUAUUAUUAUUAUUAGUUUUAUGCAUAGACAGUAUCCAUGGCUCUACAUGUAUGCUCUAUUUUUAUUUUUUGUAUUAGUAUUAGUUUAAUAAAAUACUGUUGAGAGAAGGUUAUGACAAUAGUUA